GCCGUUGCUAUAGUUGACCUCGUGCGGAAAACCAGCACGCGACGCCUGUGGGGAUAUUCUGGAAUUCCGCAGCAGUAGAAUGUCCACACUUCCUGCAAAGCCUGGUCUGCGCCACACCGUGUCAGAGUGGCACAGCAACAACCACCAGCUGUCUGCUAUAGCUCAACAUGAGCGACAUAUUUCUAAUGCAGUCCGACAAGAAGGGAGGUCACUACGCAACGAGUCCAACUGUAAGACAACCUGGGAUGAGAGCAAUACGUCUCGCAGACUGAGUGACCGGAUCUGGGAUGUUGCUCGGUGGAAAGAAGCACUGGAAGGCUGCGCCCAGAAAGUGGAUGAAGAGAUGGAAGCGCUGACCCUGGCUAAAGAGCAGACUGAGCAGGCCCUGGCUGCAACUGUCAUCCCUCUGGAGGUCAGCACCGAGUGUCUGACGCUGAGGGAGGGACGGUGCGGGAAUGAGCUGGUCGCCGACCCUGUGGACGAGCAGCUGAAGAAAGAAGUGGAGCUCAUUGAAAACGUGCAGCAGAUUCUGCAGCAGCACAUAGACAAAGCCUUCGAACAGCUGUGUGUUCUGCAGGAGGCUCGGCACCAGUUGACUGCUGACCUUCAGAACAAGAUGGAUGCACUGGAUGUUGAUAUGUCCUGCCUCUCACUUACAAUAAAGUCACCUCACAUCUCCCUGAAGACCAACCCAACUCGCAUACCACCAGGUUCCUCCACCCCCCAGGAGUGGGUCCAGUUCAGCCAGUAUAAUGUUGCUCGUGCCCAGGAGGCCAUGCAGGUGUCCCAGCAAAUGAGGGAGGACAUGAGUCUCAGCAGAGCCCAGCUGCAGAAUGACUUGGAGACUCAGCAGAGGGCCACAGAGUUUGCACUUCGUAAGCGUCAUCACCAUGAAGAGCAGGCCUGCGAUGAGCUGGAGUGGCAAAUAAGAAAUACUGAAGAUGAAAUGGCAGAAAUGGAGGCUGACAUCCAUGGGCUGGAUGCAGAUCUGCAGGCCAAAACAGCCCCCCUGAAACUGGCUCACACCAGACUGGAGAAUCGGACCAACAGACCUGGCAUGGACCUGUGCAGAGACGAGGUUCAGCAUGGGCUCGUUGAUGAAGUCCAUCAGCUGGAGGACACGGUCAUGGCCCUGAAGCAAAAGCUGUCUGAGGCUCAGCACUCUCUACAAAAGAUGAAGCUACAUCAUGGCCACAUGCUGAAGGAUCUUUCCAGAAAACAGGAAGCUUUAUCUUUGGAACAACGAAGCAUGAACACACGCACCCGCCUUUCGUCAACCUCGGGCGCUGAUAAAACCCCAGUGCCGCUGGUCCCGCUCACAAACUCCAGUGGGAGGAGCAACCUGCAGCUGCUGGCUCAGUAAGAAGACAGUGCCCAUGUUUGUGAAGGGAAGGCGUUUUAAUUAAACAAGGAUGACUCAUUCAUUCACCAUGUUUCUAGCCCUGCAUCUGUCAACAAGUAAUGGAAAUGACAUAAGCAAAACAAAUAAAAUGAAUCAUCUUUUCUGUAUUUUAUUUAUCUUCAUUUAUUAAUUUUAUUUUAUUAUUUGAAGAACUGUCACCCUCUUGCCAAACAUAUUCUCCUGACCCAAUCUGCUUUUAGUUGUGAUCAAUGACUUUGUGUGUGUGUGUUUAACUUUUACACGAAAUUACACAAACAAUCUCUAAAAUGUGGAUUACAUGUUUACCCCCUGGCCUCAUUUAAACCUUCACUCAUCAGGGCCAUCUCCUGUAUUUAUGCAUUUGAGGUCAUCUAUUUUAGAAUGUAGUGGCUGCUACAAAAAUUCACAAGUUAAAGUGCUCGUGUUUGUGUCCGGUGAAGUCACUGCUUUUAUUGACCAUUAGCUUUAAUGGCUUUGUUUGGCUUCAUUAUAUUGUUUGAUCAUCGGAUGCUGUUUGGAGCAUGAAGACGGUGAUAAUGGCGAGAACUUUGACUCAUACAGUAUACAUGGUUUAGACUUUAAAAAAAAUCUGGUAAACAGGCUCUAAACAGGGUCCCUAAGGCAAUAAACCCUUGUAACUCUCACCUGCGUCAGUGGUUGUGUCUUAAUAGAUGUGUUUGUGUGAGUCACUGCUUUUUAUAGGGGUGUAGAUGGGCUUUAAAAAAAUGUGUGGUCUGUGUGUUGUCUCUCAAGGUUGGAUCUAAUAAAACCAUGCUUAUGGUCUAUGGUCUAUGCUGUAUGUUAUUUUUAAGUUUAGUUUUUAAGUUUCCAAGAAGAAACUUAACUGGAGCAGAUUGUUGUGAAUAUUGAAUUUGCUGUGAAAGAAAAUUCACUUUGUAUUAGGGUCAGUACAAAGACAACACACAUGGCUGCUAACAGUGAUUUUGUUCAAUUAUAAGUGUCAGAGGAUUGGGACUGAAUUCUAACCUUCAUCGAACAACUCGUUUUUGUAAGUUCUGAAGCGAUAUGUAAAUAAAAACCAUGAACUUUAAGUUAAAUUAACUCAAAAUGAACAAAAUGUAUGUAUUUAUAUUAAGUUAUUUACCUACUUGUUUCACUGAACCACAUAAGGAUGG